GCAAAGAAGUUUAAUUCAGUUGAUUCCACCGGAAAGCGCACGGCCUAUUUCCCUGAGGAUAACACGUCAAAGAGUUUGAACGAGCUUAUCCGAGAAGAACAGUUUCGAUCCGCCCAUGAUAUGGAAUAUGAGUUUACAAAAAUGGCAGCCAAGUCUAGGCAUAACGUGGACGAUGAGUAUGCGGACGCCUUCGUCUCAAAGCGAUCUCAUGCCGAGCGAGAUGCUAUUCGUUUAAAACAGGAUGCAGUUGCUGCGUACAAACGUCGAACAUUUGCUGAAUCUUCGUGCACCGUGUGUCUGGAACGCGUUCCAAAGCACUUGGUGAUCAGUGUUGGCGAAAAGAAAGCCCUCGCCGAAAUCGGUUCUGAGUGGGAUCAGAAUCGUCGAGUGAUCAAUUUGAACAAAUCAGGCUUCGGAGCACAUGGUGCCGUCCCGCCUAAAUUCCCGUAUUUUGCUGUCGAGUUCGGUCUGGACGGCGGUGGUCUUGCUCGUGUACUGGAUGAUGAACGUGAUAUUCCCGCCUACUUCGGUCGAGAAGUUAUCGCGGAUCUUUUAGACAAAGACACACGUUAUUGGCGAAAACCGAAAACAGAAAGAUUUGAACAGUUACGGUCAAAAGUCGUUGAAUUUGAGAACUGGUGGGAACCGUUUAAUAAAUGGUCUGACCGCGACCCGAGGAACGUUGUCGGAAGCGACCCGAUUAGAACCCUCGACACCUUGGGUCCAGAAGGUCCAGAGCUUCCUCCGGGUCUCUGCUAA